GUCAAACGGCGUCGUAUUAAGCACUAUCCACUUCUCAUUUCUAGAACAUUUGAGCAAAGAACACUCAUUAUCAAUUCUCCCACUUCAAGCUCAUCGUGGUAAUCUUUCAGUUGUUGGAGUUCAAGAAUGGCAACAAAGUACAUUGUUGGUUCAGUGUUGGCAUCAUUUGCAGUUGCAUAUGCUUGUGAUGUUGUUAUUGCAGACAAGAAGGUGUUUGGAGGUACCACUCCACAUACCGUUGCAAACAACGAAUGGUGGAAAGAAACUGACAAAAAAUUUCAGGCAUGGCCUCGCACUGCUGGUCCCCCAGUGGUCAUGAACCCUAUCAGCCGCCAAAAUUACAUUGUCAAGUCUUGAUUAAGAUGUUUGGUCUCAUCAGUUUCCUUUCGAGUAGUUGUGUGGUAGUUCGAUUGUAAUAAACGUUUGUUUCUACUUGUGCAACUACGGGCGUUAUGUCUUGUAUCAGUGAAUUGACUAUGAAACUUGAAAGGAUACAUGAUCAAAUGGAUAAAGUAGCUACUUAUGUCUUUAACUUGUUAUGCUGAUUCUCAGCUCUCUUUGCAACUUUUUAUUUCUGGCUAAAAUAAUAAUAUUUCUGUAAGAUGGGAAGACCCUACUAUUAUAGAUCUUAUGUUACAUUGUAUUUGUAGGAAAGAGUCCA